GCAAUCUUCCCACACAAACCUCUGUGCGUGGCCUUCAUUCCCGAGCGGCCCUAACCCGUUAGUCUGUGCACAGCUAGCUGACAUACUUCUAUCUUGAUCUGCAGCCCUCACCCCAACCUCCCCUCCAGACCUCCAGCGAAUGCACCUGGCUCCUGACCUGCACUAGCCUCUGCUCUGCCCUUUCAGUCCUGGGUUCCCACACAAUUUAAUCAAUUCACCUCAGCCUGACCUGCAGCAUCCCUCCUGCUAUUCCAGCCCUAGGAAUCCACGCUGCUCAGCCCAGGCACUCAGCCCUGACAACAGCACCCCUUGCUAUCCCAGACCUGGACCUCUUCUGAGCUGAGGCUGCCAGACCGCGUGGUGAUGAUUAUGCGGUGCCGACCACACAAUCUCCAUACACUUGAACCCAAAUCUCCAGAGAUGAAAGGCCCCUCCGUGAACUCACCACUCACAGCACCACCCGCUAUCUAACUCCCCUUUUCCUUUCAGGCAGGGAUUUCGCCUGCUUGAUGCUUGCAGCUUCCCCCUUUCUCUCCCUCUGGGCUUUUAUAUUUCUUCCACUCUGACCCAUUAAGUAUUUACUGACAGCGCCAUGUGACUUUUAACACCGGUCCUCCAUGUGCACUGCCCUGCAGAAUUGGGCCAGAUAAAACCGCUCCCCAAACCCAGCUGGCGGGACAUUUUCCUCCCCCUCCACUCUCUCACUGUAGCAGCCAAGCGAAGGAUUCCUCUUUCUUUCCCUCUUUCUUUUCCCAUCCCUCCCUCCUUUCGUGCAAGCCCAAGACGCAGGAUCCAGCCGAGGGAAAGUGCUCAUUGAAAUCAUCACCACCACCGAUCCUGAGACUGAGGCUCAUAGAGGAAAUAAAAUCCCUUUAUAGCCAACCUCCUGCGGCUGAGGACUUAAUAGCAUGGCAAUGGCUCCAGGCUCUAAGAGAUUCACACUCACCUUUGUCCAGUACAUGGGAUCCGUCUGUUUCCUCCUCCAGAUCGUCUCUGUUGAGGCUGAUGGGAAGUUGUUCACAGUUGAAUCCAGAAACAGCUCUCAGGGUCUGGACCUAACCGCAGCUCAGAAAUUGUGUGCUGACCUGGCCGCUCGCUUAGCCACUGCAGAGGAACUGAGACGGGCUGUAGUGGACUGUUCUUUUGCCGCAUGCACCAGAGGUUGGCUGGCCGACGGUACCAUUGGGACAAUGGUGUGCAGUAAGACAGGCAGCAACCAGCAGAGUGUGAAAGCUAUCGAUGUUAACAUUGAAAAUGAUCCCUCUCCAGGUGGCAGAUACAAUGCACUUUGUGUGAAGGAUCAAGACAAACCAUGUGGAGACCCCCCAUCCUUUCCUCACACGAUCCUGCAUGGUCACACUGGGUUUGAAAUGGGGGAUGAGCUGCUUUAUGUUUGUGCUCAGGGCUACGUCAUGGGCAACAAAGAGGCUGCUUUUACGCUGCUCUGUGACAGCUGUGGGGAAUGGUAUGGGCAAGUUCAGGCCUGUGUCAAAGAUGAAACUGAGGCACACAUUGACUAUGAAGAUAAUUUUCCCGACGACAGAUCGAUGCCUGUGGCUGAGCAUGAGGAAGAGCAUGGCGAAGAGGAAGGGGUGGAGGAACAAGAGCAGGAGUUUUCCCACCCUAAAGAUACAGAGGCAGAAAGAGUUGGAAGCAGCAAAGAUGUUACUCAGGAUAUAGAUUCUACUGAGAAAGGAAGCAAGGCAUCAACUGAAUCACCUGUGUCACUGCUGAGCCAAAAACACUUGUUUUGGUUCCCUGCAGAGUCUUUCAAUGAGCCUGAAUCUGACAAAGACACAAACGAUGCCACUAAAACACAAUUUUCUGAUGGCAACAACCACAUUGGAGUGAAAACCAUCUAUAAUGAACCAGGCAACAAAAUGAUUUAUGACAGCAAGGAUUUCCCCAUUGGACCUGUUCUUGUGAACAAUGAUACAAAGGCAAUGAAAGAUACAGUCACCAAUACUGAUGAAUCCUGGUUAGAUGGUUACCCUGUAACUCAGGAAGCAGUGGAGGAUGACGAAGAGGAGGAUAAGGUUGAUGGAUCGAUGGGAACAGAAGAUGACAUUAUCCUUACAACUGAUCAACCAAACCAUGUUGAAGUUAGAAAAGCAGGCAACAGUAAUCCAGCUCCAGACAAGGACUUAACACAGAUCAUGGCAGCCCCAACAAGGAUACGUGAUUAUGGGAUCAAAGAAGUACCAUUAGUACUAACACCAACAAGUGCUCCCGAGAACGUGAGUGCUAGCAAGGGCUCUGAGGAUGUGAUCAGGUAUCACCCAACUACAUCUUUGGGAUUUGUGACUCAGGAGUCUACUACAACAACUACACAGCAUGACCACCCCACCUUGAAAACUGCUACAUUGAAAACCUCUACAACGGUCAGUCCCAUUGACCACAUUCCAUAUCCAGAGGCAGAAAAAACAACAGCGUACCCAACACAAGCAGCAACCACUACACCAACUCGGGAUGUCUUUUCUGACUCAUUGUCUAAUGAAUUACUUGAGCAAGAAAAUCUCACUUAUGGCACAGGAGAAAAACUUCUCCCCACUUCUGAACCUUGUGUAGGAGAGGAUUGUCCUAGCCCAAGUAAAGGUCCCAUGAUAGCUAUCACUGUGAUUGUUCUAUGUUUAUUACUGUUUGCAUCUAUACUGGCAGUGUGGUGUUUCAAAAAACGGCAACAGAAGAGUUCUGUAUAUAAAUUGAAUGGAAAAGGUCAGGCUAGACAUCCCCAUCACCACCAGCAGAUUGAAAUGCAGAAAGUCUAACCUGCUACCUGUUUUUGGGCAGACACUACAAAGCAAGAAAAAAAGUCACACGAAUGGUGGACACUAAAAUCCAUCAGUGCAGGAAACAGGGGGCAAAAAAAAAAAAACCAAACAAAAAAACCUGUGUGGGACAGAAGGAAGUUCAGCUGUUUGAAAUAACAACUUAAUAUAUCUUGACAUUUCAGUGUUAAAGAAACUGUACAUUUUUACCACAAGGGUCUUUUUGGAGAUCUCAGCAAAAAAGAAUGUGUUUGGUAGCGCAACUGGAGAUCAUUCAACAUUUACAUUUUGCUCGUAUUAAUUAAUAAAAGCAAAUUCUUUGUCUAUGACAUUGUCUGGUUACAAACCAAUGGUGGGACUGGUCAGACCUUUCUGCUUUACUCUCAAUGAAACAAAAGAGAUGGGGGUCAAAAGUCUCUCUUUGAGCUACCACAUAUGUUGACAUUUGUUAUUUCUUUUAGAACUAACCAAAUUUGUCAGGGUAGACCAAAACCAAUGAUUACAUGGCUUAUCAUGUGAGGAAAAAUAUUUGGUACAGUAUGUUAAUGUAAUGGGUGAUAUUGCAUUUGGAGAGAUGAUCACUAAGGUACUUUUCUUCAGUGUUGUGAAAUUUUCUUGAAGCACAUUAACCAAACAUGUAGGACAUUAGGAUACUUUGGGGUUGGGGGGUGUUGUUUUAACCUUAGGAAAGAAGUGCCUUUUUUUAUAUUAAUCUUUUUUUUGUGGAAGUAAUGCUUUCUCACUGGAAUUGAGAUAAUACAAAUACUAGAAAACUCCAUUCUUCCUUUAAAAUAAGUAAACACUGUGAUAAUCAUUGCACUCCUCCUUUCAGGUGUUAUGAGUAGCCCCUUACUCAUCAAGGAGUCAGACAGGAAUAAAGCCCUUGGCAGGAAAAUACAUCAAAAGUAAUUUGUUCUUCUGAGGAACAGUGCUUUAAGACCAACUGAUCCAGAUGUUGAAUUUAAAUACACAGUCUAUAACGUAUGAAUUAAAAACGUUAUGUAAAAUAUAUUUGCCACAUUAUUCUAUGGGAUGACUGAAGUACACUUGUAUAUUCAAAUAUGUUAAAAAAAAAAAAAAAGAUCUUGGGGUCAUCACGGAUGGUCCUCUGAAAAACUUCUGUUCAAUGUGCAGCAGCAGUCAAAAAAGCUAACAAUAUUAGGUACCAUUAGGAAAGGGAUAGAUAAUAAGACAGAAAAAUAAUGUCAUGAUAUAAAUCUAUGGUACUCCAAUACCUAGAAUACUGUGUGCAGUUCUAGGCACCCCAUCUCAAAAAAAAUAUUACAAUUGGAAAAAGCAUGGAGAAGGGCAACAAAAAUUAUUAGGAGUAUGGAACAACUUCCAGAUGAGGAGAGAUUAAAAAGACGAGGACUAGUCAUCUUAGAAAAGAGAGGAGUAAGGUGGGAGAUGUUAGAGGUCUAUAAAAUCCUGAAUGGUGUGGAGAAAGUAAGUGUUAUUUACCCCCUUUAUAUAACACGAAAACCAGGGAUCUCCCAAUGAAAUUACGAGACAGCAGAGUACUUCUUUGCACAAUGCACAGUCAACCUAUGGAACUCAUUGCUAGGUGAUACUGUGGAGACCAAAAGAAUAACUGUUCAACAAAGAAUGAGAUAAGUUCAUGGAGAAAAGGUCCAUCAGUGGCUAUUAGCCAAGAUGGUCAGGGAGGCAACCCUGUGCUUUAGGUGUCCCUAAACCCCUGACUGCCGGUAGCUAGGACUGGACAAUUCAAUAAUUGCCCUGUUCUGUUCAUUCCCUCUGAAGUAUCCAGCACUGGCCACUGACAGAAGACAGAAUGCUGGGCUAGACGGACCACUGGUCUGACCCAGUAUGGCCAUUCUUAUGCUUUUAUUCUCUGAUGAACUGAAGGGGAGUAGAAAGUGGUCAAAGAGAUUAUGUGGAACAGUGGGAGAUACAUACGUUCAUAAAAACUGCUUAUUUUGGUUUGAAGUAUAAAAACAAACCUAGGCAAGAAAGACCUUGCCUAAUUGUUACAAUGAAAACUCUUGCCUUUUAGAUUCAAUGUUGUUUCAGUUAUUGCAAACAUGGAGGCUCUUCCAACAUAACAUCCUAUUUAGAAUUGUUAAGAAUAAAUAUGGGAGUGAGGGAGAUAGAAUAUGGUUUCUAUCAUCCCUGGAAUAAUUUUGCUUAUUUAGGAAUGAAAAAAUCUUACUGUUUGUUCUUACUUGUCCUAAUGACAAAAGUAGUACUCGUAACUAUGAAUAAUCUGCAGGUCACAAAUGAGCUUGUCUUCUACUCCCUACAGUGCAGUCUCAGCCAAAAUACUCAAGUUAUUCAAUAGAUCAAAGCAUGAAGAAAAAGGGGGGAAAACGGUGAAAUAUUGAAAGAUUAAUCAGUGGAGAUCAUAUAGGACCAAAUUCUGUCUUCAGUUACAGUGGUGUAUAUUCUGAGUAAUUUUGGCCCCAUCUUGGGUAAUUCAACCCCUAUAUACUGGUAACAAAAAUUAAAAACAGGAUUUUAAAAAUAUAGCUACACAUUUUGUGAAAGAAUAUGACUUUAUAGAGAGCAAGAGGAGUUGAGUAUUGUUGCCUGGAUAUAGACAGCAAGAACAGAAACUGUGUAAAUAGUGUGUUUCCUGUUAUACUGCAUGAUUUUAAUGUGUUCUAGAAUAUGAAAUAACCUAGGAUUACAGUUGUAAAAUAUUUUUAUGAGGUAACUUUUUUUAAACAAUGGAUUUAGCACUAAGUAACUUUAUGGAGUCUGUUAACUCAACUAAAACAUACUGUGUUAUCUGUGUGGAAAUAUACUGCAAAAUAAAUGCAAAAAACAUACAUUUUUAAACUUUUUUUAAUCUUAAAUUACCAAAUCAGUGUUACAGUUUUGCAUAGUGUUAUUUGAAUGAAGUACAGCUCAACAAGCUAAGUAAACAAAGUCAAUACUGUUAGUGUCAGGAAACGUACAUGAUGUAAAAAUCAUACACAAAUAAAGUUACAAACGUAAACUGCAUGGGGCUCUUGUGAGACUCUCAGAUGCUUGUUAUUCAUGACAAGGAACAAAAUGUACAUUAACAUAGUACUCUGAGGUAUCUACAAACGCAGGGAGGAGAAGGGUGGCAGUGUGUGGUGUUGUUCAAAUAACUGACUAAACAAAUUUGUUUGUAGAGGAAAUACUGGUCUAUCUAUCAGGGAUUUCUUGGAGCAGAUAUUUUGAUAUUAGAAUUAGUCAAAAAGUGUUAAGUCCAGGUCAUCAGCCCGAUUCCAUUCAGCAGAAUGGCUUUUCCUCCUGAAAUUUACAUCCUGAACUAGAAUGCUGUUUGCACUUGUGGGUACUUAAUUACCAGAGAGACACUGACCAAAAUAAUGGGGGGCGGGGGGUAGGGGAAGGGGAGGAGAAGGGGAAAUCAAACUCUCCUCUCAUGUGUAGCUUGGCUGAUCAACUAAGGCAGGGUGUGGAGAGCAUAAUAAAUACAAAUACUGGAAGGAUGAAAAGGCAAAAGUGAGGGGAAGAAUUACUUAGCAUAGUAAAAGUGUAUAACUAGCAGCAAUGGGCUGAAAUUAAGACAGGGAAAAUUGAGGUGGAAUAUCAGGAAAAACAAUGACAGUGAUAUCUGGUAGCUGGCAGAGCAAUCUGUCUUCAUAUGUGACCAUUGCUGUAGU